AUGGCCUCUAUGUCGUCUGCUCAGAUCGUCUCUGCGACGGCCAUUCACAACAAACUAGGGCUGCCCGGCAUCCCACGGUCUGCCUUCCCCGGGGCAGGGUUAUGGCAGGGCAUGAUCUCAGCUGGACAGCCAGGAUCCUCACAAGACAUUAAACCAUUUUCACAACAAGCCUAUCCAAUCCAGCCAACAGUUACUUCUGCCAUUUCAGGUUACGAACCCUUAGGGGCCCAGGCUCCUGCUGCGGCCUGGCAGGGGCGCUCUAUCGGGACGUCCAAACUGCGACUGGUGGAGUUCUCUGCUUUUCUAGAACAACAGAGAGACCCAGAUUCUUACAACAAACAUUUAUUUGUACAUAUUGGUCAGACAAAUCACUCCUACAGCGAUGCUCUCCUGGAAUCUGUGGACGUUCGGCAGAUUUACGACAAAUUUCCAGAGAAAAAAGGAGGACUAAAGGAACUGUACGGAAAGGGUCCCCAGAAUUCCUUUUUCCUUAUAAAAUUUUGGGCUGAUUUAAACUGCAACAUCCAGGAUGAAACAGGAUUUUUUUAUGGUGUCACGAGUCAAUACGAAAGCUCCGAGAACAUGACCAUAACAUGUUCCACUAAAGUCUGCUCAUUCGGCAAACAGGUGGUGGAGAAAGUCGAGACGGAAUAUGCCCGGUUUGAAAAUGGCCGUUUCAUCUACCGCAUCAGCCGAUCUCCAAUGUGCGAAUACAUGAUCAACUUCAUCCAUAAACUCAAGCAUUUGCCGGAGAAAUACAUGAUGAACAGUGUGCUGGAGAACUUCACCAUCUUAAUGGUGGUGACGAACAGGGAAACGCAGGAGACACUGCUGUGCAUGGCGUGUGUGUUUGAAGUGUCCAACAGUGAACAUGGAGCUCAGCAUCAUCUUUACAGACUAGUGAAGGAGUGA